AUGGACCGGCCGCAGCACCACAUCACGCGCGACGAGGUCCCGACCGUGGACCUCGACGAGGCGCGGACGUCGCGGUCCUGGGAGUGGGUCCUUCUCGCGGCGGCGAAGGAGCCGGAGCUGCCGCUGCACGUCCUCGACACGGCCUUUGUCCACCACGGCAACGUCACGGCGUGGUACUUUACAGCAAAAGACGGACUGCUCCUGCGCAAGUCGGCCAAGCACUUGACUUUAGCGCUACUUGCCCAAGCAUGCGUCAAGAUCGCAUUGGCGUACGAGAAGAACGUCGCCGCACAUGCCGCCGUCGUGUGGCGUGACGGCGUGACCGACUGCCAGAUGCUCUCGGCCAACGACUUGGCUAUCGCGCUCGAAGGGCUUCCAAAAGGCUCGCUCGUCGUCCAUGCGUACGUGCACCCGAAAGGCGACGUGCAUCCGACGCGAUUUGCCACGUACGAGUACGACCACAGCCUCACCAAGACAGGCAAGCCGCAGGCCAAAUGCACGCGGUUCGCGCUCGGAGCGCAGCGCAUUGUGUCGAAAGACGCCAGCCUCAACGCCGCGAUGGGCAGUGCGACCAUGACACUUCUGGGUGCGGUCGAGAAGCAUCGCAAGUGCCGCGUGGUGGCUGCGACGCUGUACUUUGUCGUGGACGACGCCGGCGGCCUCUACCUCGUCAAGACGGCGACGUGCAUGACGACGCCGCUGGCUCAAUCCAAGCCAAAGAAGACGGAGGUGCCAAGCAGCAGCGCUGUCUUGGGCACGACGCAGCGUAUGCUGCUGCGCGCGCAGCUCGACGAUCUCAACGCGCCGGACGAGGCCGCUGUCCAGGCGAUUCUGCACCCCAAGAAAUCAGCUCUCAAGCAAGGGCGGCUCGCGUCCCUGCCCAAGCAGACGACGAUGCGCGCGUCAUCGCCAAUCAACAACAACCACAUUGCAGCGGGGAAGCUCCUUUCGCGCGUGGAACGCCGCGCGAUCUCGGCGGCGAACCUUGGGUCGAGCCAAAAGAAAGGGUGUGUCGGGGACUUUUGCCACAUCGUGGUGGACCCGGCCGAUCGCAUCCAGCGCGGGUCGACGCCGAGCCUCCUUGGGUUCCCGAAAGGCAACAAGAGCCUCGCGGCGCGUGCCGCCAAGUAUGAGAAGAAGGCACAGACGUUCAUGGAGAGCCUCGAGGGCGCGCCCAAGAUGGACGCUGGUGACAGCGACAUUUGGGCAUCGCUGACGACGGCCAACGGAGACCCAGGUUGCACGCCGCACACGAUCCCGUUCAAGUACAUCGCGCAAACGCGCGUUGAGAAGAACCAUGUCGACCAUUACAUUCGGCGCUAUGUCAACGGCGACGACGUCGAGUACAUUGGCGAGCUCUACGACGACGGCGGCGACGGCGAGCCCCUCGGCACGGUCUUCCCGGGGUACUACUACCAAGACGUCGACGUGUGCGCCAACUGCUUUGCGUUGUAUUCGCUCAUCGAGGAGGCGCGCGUCAAAGCGAAAAGCCGCGCGGCCGCAAAGAUGAAGCGCAAGCGGGCGCGGAUUCCUGAAAACACCACGGCGAAGGCGGCGCUGGCGACAACGGCUUGGGAGGCGGCGUGGGCCGACGCGGUGAGUGUCGCCAGCUCGAUUACUCUGUUUGAGAUCGCGGAGCUGCGGAGCUUUGUGCACCCGCCGCCUGCGAUCGCAAUGGUGGCAUCGGUGCUGCUCAUUCUGCUGCUGAAGAAGCCAAACAUCUCAGUGUCUCGGAUGAUCUCAACGACGAUGGCAACGACCGAUAAGCUCCACGCGCGGCUGCUCCACGUGCACGUGUCUGACUUCUCCGCCGACCAAGUCCAGCGCGCGCAGCGGUACACGGCCAACCCGCUGUAUCGCGCCCAAGUCAUCGAGCCGAUCUGGAAAGGCGCCGCAAAGCUCUGCACUUGGACGCUCGAGGCACUGCGCGCGUACCACUUGUGGCAGCCCACCGUCUGUAGCCUCGAAGCACCUCUCGAGACACCACCGCCGACGGUCGACACGAAUAGCACGCUGCGCGCGUUGGCGCAAAACAAGCAGAUGGCGCGGCUGGCCGGGGCUCGCGUCGAGCCCGAAGCCGACCCCAACCGGCAGCACGAAUUUACGUGCGAUGACGGCGUGACGACGAUCAUGUACCAGGUCCUCGGCCUCGGCUCCGUUGAGCUCUCGAAAGCCAACCUCGUUGUGUGGCCCGACUUUUUCGACACGCUCGAAGCGACGCGAGUCUUCCUCCGGUCCGUUCUGACCGCGCACCCGGGCUGUCAAAUGCUCGUCUUCAACCUCCCGGGGCAAGCCAACACGACCUUCGCCAACGAUGCAUCGCUCUCGAAUCUCUUCUUGACGCGCUGCGUGCACGAGCUCCUUACGUCGCUGAACGCAUCGGGCCGCUUCUCAACGUCGGUCCCCUUUCACCUUGUGGGCUUUGGCCAUGGCGGCCACCUCGCAGCCUGCUUUGCGAUUCAGUUUGGCGCCAUGUACGCGCCGCGGCUCCAGAGCGUAGCGCUUGUCAAUGGGUUUGCGUCCAUUGACACGCAGCUGGCGGGCAUCUUGCACGGCGCCGUGAACCUCUUCCAGUGCCUUCCGCACACGCGACCGGACUUGCCCGUCUCGUACUUUAGCAAAUUCCUCUUUUGCGCCGAGUACCUCCAGCGCGUGGACCCGAAUCUGGCGCUGAGCAUCUACACGGCGGUGACGAACGCGAUUUCGCUCGAAGGCCGGCUGCGCAUCUGCAAGGGCGCGCUGCACAACGUCGACCUUACGGCCCAGCUCAGCGUCAUUAGCGUCCCGAUUGUGGUCGUGCAGUCGGUCGAGAACGCGCUCGUGGCGCCGACCAAUGUCGAUCCGUUUCUGCAAGGUCGGUCCUGUGUGCAUGUGUGGUCGCACCAGCAAGGCAAGAAGGGCGAGCUCAACGACCGCGGGCGCCAGCUGCUCGCGCAGGCGCUGAGCGCGCCGGAAAAGAGCGCCUUUGUCACGUGGCUCCGCGCCGGGCACGAAGUGCGUCAAGAAGCAAAGCACUACAUUUGCGAUCUCCUCGACGUCCUCGUCAAUUGGCCAGCCAGUCGCCCGGACGUCAGCGCGCCGGCCGACAUGGCGGUCGCGCCAUCUCCUGUGACAGAAGUGCCCACACCCUUGGUCGCACCGCCAGCAGUACGAACGACCGAGCCGUCGACCGAAAAGCCCGAUGGGAGGCGAGUUCGAGGUCCGUCGCUGCAAAGUAUGCCGCCGCCGCUGGUGCCGCCGCUGGUGCCGCCGCUGGUUGCAGCGACCGAAGUACUGUCGAGCGAGCCGGACGCGACUUUCUACUACGAAACCGAAGCCAACGCCGCCAAGCAGCGCCUCGACGAACAGAUCAAGCUUGCAGAGCUCAACGCACAGCGCCGACGAGAGCAAGAAAAAGCAGAGACAGAGGCGCGCCUCGAGGCGCUGCGCUUGGAGCAAGACCGUCGGCGCAAGCAGUGGGAAGACGAGGACAACGCGCGGUUGGCGGCGCUUGACGCAGAGCUCCAAGCUCGGCACGGCGCUCGAAGCCAAGUGCGCCAUGCGGUUCAAGACGCUCUCUGGACCGCCGAUGUGCACGUCGCCAAAGCCCUGGAAGCCACGACGGUUCCGUCCACGUCGAUCCCAGAUGAUCUUUUGGUCGACGUCGCGCCGCCGGCGCCAAAUCGUCGACUGGAACUGCGCGAGACGCUCCUCGCCGCGCACGAGGUGCCCGUGAUCACGAGCCUCUUUGAAGAGCUCGAAGCGGAAGAAGAGAAGAGCCGAAAGCUCGGGCUACUCAAAGUCGAAGAGUACGCCCACGUGCAACAUCAGAUGGCCCUAGCACAAGCCGAACGGCAGAAGCAAGUGGACCUCGAGCGCGUACAGGCCCUGCUGGUGCUGCACGUGGCCAAGGCCAUUACGAUUCAGACGUACGUGCGGCGGUUCUUGGCGCAGUGCGCCUUGCAGCACCUGCGGGACGAGCGCCAGCGAAUGUUGCGACGGGCGCGCGCCGGGGCCGAGAUCGUCCGCGUCGCCCGCGGCGGUCUCUCGCGGAUGCGGACGCGGGCGUACAAGACACGGAAGAUCGAAUUGGAGCGGUACCUCUCGAGCACGCAGCUCGUCCAGCGCUGGUAUCGCGGCGAGCGAGCGCGCAAACUCUAUGUGGCGAAACGUCGGCUCAAGUACGCGGGACUUUUGCAGCGCGCGUACCGUGGCCACCUCGGGCGGCGCAAGGCCAACGCCAUUCGAGACUCACAGACGCACGUGCGCAUGCUCCACGCCAAGGCGACGCAGCUCCAAGCCACGUACAAGAUGCACCGCGAAAAAGAGAAAUUUCUGCGCGUUCGCGUCCGGACGCUGGCGGCGAACGAGCUCCAGCGCGUCUUCCGCGGGUACCUCGCCCGGAAGCGCGUCGCUCGCAUGCACGAGUGGGACCGCGCCGAGCCAGGGCCGGAGAAGCUCACGCUCGGCCUCCAGCGCAUCGAGGCGUCCAAGGUCGAGUUCGAGCGGCAGCAAAAGGAGAUCGACGCCCUUCACCGCGCGCAAGCGUCGGCCGAGCGCAAGGUGUCCGAGAUCCACGCGAGUCUAACGGAUGCGCAGAAGGAGCUCUCUGUGCUGGAACGGGAGCUCCAGGAAAUCGACCAGAUCGAGACCGACUUGCACGAACUCACGCACGAGGCCGAGAUGCUCAAGGCCCGGGGCGGCGUCGAGCACGCCGAGCGUCAAGGCCUCGGCAACGGCAUCGUCUUGAACGACCCGUCGUCCAACGGCGGGUUUGAGACGAAAGAAGAGGCGCGUCAGCGCAUGGCGGACGCCUACGCACUCGAGAUGGCGAUCCACAUCAAGCGCAACGAGCGCGAGAAGAAGAAGAAGGAGCUCGAGGCCGAGUUCACGAGCGUCUUCCAUGACGUGCAGCUCAAGAAGCAGGCGCUCGAAGAGAUGGAAGCCAAGCUCAGCGACAUGGAGGCGACGCGGCUGCGGAAGGACCGCGAGUUUGCGCGCAUGCAGCGCAACCUCAUGGAGCUCCUCGAAGAGCAAAAGUACGAACUCGACAUGAUCCGCGAGAAAGGCAUCGAGCUCGAGACGGCGACCGCCACGUCAGCAGCCGCCGCUGCCGCCACGGCCAUGAAAGCCAAGGAGCACGAGAAGAAAUCCCAGGCCAUCUUCGAGUCGACGGAAGAGCUCAUGAAGUUUCAGUUCAUGUCCAUGUCGCUCUCGUACUUUAGCUCGCUCAACAUGCUCAAGAGUCUCCGCGACAUCAACGCCGACACGACGGCCGCGGCCAUUUCCAGCACGGCCGAGACGGCAGCGACAGCCGCGGCGGCGGCGGCGGCGGCCAACAUACCCACGAUGCAGCGGCUUCAAAUCGGAAGCAACGAGCUCAUGGACGCAGCGUCGAAAAAGAAGAAGCUCGAGCUCCUCGAGCGCACGAAGCGCGAAGACGAAGCCAAAGCCGCGCUGCUGCAGCCGUUCCCAAACGCGAUGCGCGACUGGUCCAUCGACGACGUCCAGCGCUGGCUCGAGGUGCUUUCCCUCUCGCAGUACAAGCAAGCGUUCCGGGAAGGCGCGGUCGAUGGCGCGCUCCUCCUCGAGCUGCGUCCCGAAGACCUCUCCGACAUCCUCGGCGUCACGCACAAGGCGCAUUUGCUCAAGAUCCUCGUGUCGCGGAAGAAGUACUUGCCGUUGAGCCAGCAAGACAAGGUCAAGGCCGAUGUUGUCGACAAGGAAGACGCGGCAGCCAAGACGCGAAAGGGCGUGCCAAGCGCCGACACAGUGUUCAGCCAGGCGCGCAACGGCCGCUUGAAGCGCCUCAUGGAGAGCGUCGAGGCCGGCUUCGACAUCAAUGCCGAGGACGAGAAGGGCAACACGCUGCUAUCGAUCGCGGCGCAGAACGUCAACCAAAAGAUGGUCGAAUUCCUCGUGCUGCGGGGCGCGAAUGUCAACCACAAGAACGCGCAAGGCAACACGCCGCUGCACUUCGCCAUGGCGUACGACAAGGACGGCGUCCUCGGCGAGUACCUCAUCGGGCACGGCGCCGACGACACGAUCGAAAACGCAUUCGGUCUCUCGCCUUAUGACGGUAUUUCGGCCGAGUAGACUAGUUUCGGUGGCUUCUACACUUGGUAGUUGAGGAAUAGAAGAAAGCGUUGGUAGAUGCAUCCGUCCUGGCGCCAUCUCGUUGAAAGAAUCACAGACACAACGUCGUCUCG